CAGAGCUCGCUCUUCCUCCGUCUGCAGGGAGAGAAGAUAAGAAAGUGCUCCCUUUUUUCUCAAUUCAAGAAGAGGGUGUUCUCUCAAAUGGCGGUUUUUGCCACUCUAUGCUUCGCUCCUUCAUUUACUUUCUCUGCAAACCAAACCCAUAACCCUGCCAUUCUAUCUCACCAUCAUAUUCUUGGUCGAGGGUCGACAACUAUAAGAACAAAACGUCUUGCUCUGGGCAACGAUUCUCUGGGUGACUUUGGUGCUAGAGACCCUUUUCCAGCAGAGAUAGAGACCAAUUUCUGUGACAAAGUGGGUGUUUAUGACACUGAGCACAAGAUUCUAAUCCCUACUGUUGCUGCUAUGUCUCUUUCUCAACAAGAAUGCACUCCAAUUUCCCAUCUGCGGUUUCCGAUUCCCGAGGAGGAUGCGCAGAAGCUAUUGAGAAAGGUUAUUGGGUGGAGACUGGUAAACGAAGACGGAAAGCUAAAGCUACAAUGCUUGUGGAAGCUUAGAGAUUUUGAAUGUGGGGUAGAACUCAUAAACAGAAUCUUCAAGGCUGUAGGAUCUACAGGCCAUUUUCCUAACCUUCACCUGGAACAGUCCAAUCAAGUUAGAGCCGAGCUGUGGACUUCUUCCAUCGGAGGCUUGAGCAUGAACGAUUUCAUUGUCGCUGCAAAAAUUGACGACAUUAGAACUUCAGACCUUGUUCCCAGGAAAAGAGCUUGGGCAUAAUCUGCAGAAAAACUGUUCUAUCAAGAACAAUGACUCGUUGAUAUGAUUUUAUCGACAUACUCGAGUCCGAGGUGUAACAAUCCCAGAUAUAAGUAAAUGCAUAUAUAUCGAAUAACGGUUGCAUAA